AUGGCUUCUUUCCUCGGCCCUGUGGUGAAUCUGACCGAAGUCAGCAAAGCAGAUGUAAUCUGCUACUACACCUUAUCUGGCAACGACUACAACGGACACCUCGGUGCCCGCAUCUCGUCCAUCUUCGUUAUACUCUUCGUUUCCACCGCUUUCACCAUGUUCCCUAUUGCGUCGAAGCUAGUCAAGACCUUAAGAGUUCCGCGUUUCGCAUACACUUUUGCUCGCUACUUUGGCAGCGGCGUCAUUUUGGCAACAGCCUUCAUCCAUCUCCUCGACCCAGCAUACACUCAGAUUGGCCCGCAAACAUGCAUCGGAGAUUCUGGACAUUGGGGUGACUACUCGUGGUGUGCUGCCAUCAUCCUUGUUUCGGUCCUUGGCAUUUUCUCAAUAGACCUCGCGGCUGAGGUUUACGUUGAACAGAAAUAUGGACAAAACAAGGACGGAAACUCCAUAGAGAUACUAUUCACGGACACUUCAGUCAACCAUUUCCAACAACCAGACGACAAUCUGGUCUGCCAACAACAGAAGAAGUCCGUCAAGCAAAGCGACUUCAUGAAGCCUCAGUCUCUUGAAACUGAUAGUAGUCACUCUGGCGAACGUUCUUUUCGGCAGCAGAUUGCUGCAUUCCUGAUUCUCGAGUUUGGCAUCAUUGUUCACUCAGUCAUCAUCGGUUUAAACCUCGGCGUCACAGGGUCUGAAUUUGCCACACUUUACCCUGUCUUGGUAUUCCACCAAUCCUUUGAGGGUCUCGGAAUCGGUGCCCGCAUGUCAUCGAUCCCGUUCGGCAAACAUACUUGGCUUCCAUGGGUUUUGUGUGCCGCAUAUGGUCUCACGACUCCGGUUUCUAUCGCUAUCGGUCUGGGAGUACGGACGACAUAUGUACCUAACUCUAAGCAAGCUCUCAUGGUGCAAGGAGUCCUGAACGCCAUCUCCGCAGGUUUACUCAUCUACAGCGCCUUAGUUGAGCUUUUGGCCCGCGACUUUCUGUUUGACUCGAACCGCAGUCGCAGACGCUCCCAAAUCCUGUAUAUGUAUUUCUGCAUGGUUCUUGGUGCUGGAAUUAUGUCACUGAUUGGGUUCUGGGCCUAG